AUGUUGAUCUCUAGUAAGCAGCUGCCAAUUGGCCGCUCCCAGAGCUGGGACAGGCUGGGUGGAAAUGAGGGUCAGUGGGAGCGUAGGGAGAGCAUCUCUGAGCAACAGGCCAGAAUGACUUAUCGACGGAACUCUUUGUCCUACAGAGGGGAUGCAGAAGGAGGCUGGUAUGAACCAUCAUAUAGCGUGCGACCACCUGACAUGGAUAUAAAACGGGAGCCGUAUUUUUACCAGGAAUCUUUUUACAACCCAAGCUGUCUGGAGCGCCCAAACCCUUCUGGCAUGAGGAAGAAUUCUGUUCCUGAGCUGAACAGCCUCUAUGACCGUCCACCCAUGGGUCAUCGUGGUUCUCUAGUGGACCCUUACCAGCAGGAUUCUACAGUGAUCCCCAGGUCACCUGAUGGGUUUUAUCGAGAACAGCCUCACGCUCUUAACCGGUCAGCUUCUCACUAUGGAGUAAUGGCAGGGACACAACCACUCUGGGAUCAGAAUCAAGGUGGCAGGUCUGGACUGCCUGCUCCUAGUCCUGGACUACCUCCUCCACCCCCUACUGCUCAAAUGGCUCGUGUUUACAGAGAGCCCUCUCUCUCUGGCCCCCCGGCUUCCAAUUCAGUAGCAAAAAUGGUCCAGGAAGGGCACCGAAUUCCUAGCCACACAUCAUCUGCUUGCUAUGGAAUAGAUCCACCUACUAUGCGCUAUGGUUCCGAGCCACCCUCCUCUCUUCCUGGGCACUCAGUGUAUAGUGACCUGAAUGGGACAUCGGUAGAUCCUAAUCAGCCUGCAGCCACCUGUCUGGUGGUGGAUCCAGCUUCUCAAGGUAUGCAGCAGGAGGGUUCUUCACCAUAUGCUAUGCAGCAACAGGCACAACAACAAACACAGGAACAAGCUAAGCAGCAGCUACAGCAACAAAUGCAGCAAGUUCAGUCAUUCCAUCAACCACAGCCAGUUCAACAACCACAGCAAAUGCCACCAGUUCAACAACCUCAGCAAAUGCAGCCAGUUCAACAACCUCAUCAGAUUCAGCAAAUGCAACAAGUACAGCCAAUACAGCCUCCAUCAUCAGUUCAGCAUGUGCAACCUGUGGUACCCACAAAUUCUGUGUAUGAGUCCUUACCUACUGCUGCCCCAGUGACUACCUUAGGCACAGCUACUAUUCCUGCUUUGUCUCCUCCUCAGCUUCCUUCUCAACCUCAAGUCACUUCUGUUUCUACUGCUCCUCAAGCUCCUGUGGACCCCAAAAAGAUGGUAGACCCAGAGUUUUUGGCAUAUCUACGCAAUGAAGGUUUGUCUGAGAGUACUAUUACAUCAUUGCUCCAACAGGGCUUUGAUUCCACUGCUAUGUUGGAUGUCAUGGAAGAGAAUGAUAUCUGCUCUGUUGCCCCUAACCUAGGGCAGGCACGUGUCCUUUCUCGCGUGACAAACUGUUGCAAACGUCCUCAUGACGUCCCCCCUUCCACCCCCCAGCACUUUAGUGCACCAGUGCGAGGUAGAUCCAACAGUUUUUCCCAUCGCAGUGAUUUAUACAUGCACCAACAACCAAUGACUCCAAGUAUGGAUUCUCAAUAUAUGCAGCCCCUGACCCCCAUGCAGACCAUCUUUCCAAGGAUGGGUGAAGUCAUUUCUCACAGACCGAAUAGCGCUCCCUCCCAGCAGCUUCUGGAGUCUAGUGGAUAUUUUGGAGCAAGGACACCAGGGGCUUUCAGUAGUGCAAUGGUGCCAGUCCAGCCUAGUCCAGUGCCUCCUUACACCCCUCAUGCUGGCCCACCCAUGCCAUCUCACAUACCAGGGAUGCAAUUGCAGGCAUUGUCAACCACUGUCCAUGGCAUUCCUCAACAAAUACCGAAACUGACUGGAGUGCCCCAGUCAUCUUCCAUGCACCCUCUGCCACUCCAGCAGGCCCCCAAGGCAUAUUCCACCAACUACACUGUUCCUAUGGAGCUUAUGAAAAGGGAUCGAAGUCUGGCUACAAUGUCACCUGUGCCCAAUCCUCACCAGAGCCCACAUGUAAUGCGGAAGAGUAGACCAGCACCUCAUGAGAGUGCCCUUGUGCCGGGAGCUACCAUACAGACCCCAAACCUUUCCAAUCAGAAGCUUUCUCGACGCACUGGACCUCCAGUUAUUGUUUCAACUAUGGCAUCACCAGACACAAGUAUAAGGCCUCAGAUCAUGAACGGCCUAAUGCAUCCCCGGCCGCUGAUUGCUCUGCUGGAUGGGCGAGACUGCACAGUGGAGAUGCCCAUUCUUAAAGAUCUAGCAACCGUUGCUUUCUGUGAUGCUCAGUCCACACAAGAGAUCCAUGAGAAGGUACUAAACGAGGCGGUAGGAGCAUUGAUGUAUCACACCAUCACAUUGACAAGAGAGGACCUGGAAAAGUUCAAAGCACUACGAAUUAUCAUCCGCAUUGGCAGCGGCUACGAUAACAUUGAUAUUAAAGCGGCUGGAGAGAUGGGCAUUGCGGUAUGUAAUAUCCCAUCAGCGGCUGUGGAGGAAACGGCAGACUCUACGCUGUGCCACAUCUUGAACCUGUACCGAAGAAACACGUGGCUGUACCAGGCUCUGCGGGAUGGUUCUCGGUUUCAGAGUGUGGAGCAAAUCAGAGAGCUGGCAUCAGGAGCAGCACGCAUACGUGGAGAGACGCUUGGACUCAUCGGCUUUGGCAGAACAGGUCAGGCAGUGGCAGUUCGGGCAAAAGUGUUCGGCUUCAGUGUGAUCUUUUAUGAUCCCUAUCUACAAGAUGGGUUAGAACGCUCACUGGGUGUACAGAGAGUGUACACCCUGCAGGAUCUGCUCUACCAAAGUGACUGUGUAUCUCUGCACUGCAACCUCAACGAACAUAAUCACCACCUCAUUAAUGACUUUACCAUCAAACAGAUGCGCCAGGGUGCUUUCCUGGUGAACUGUGCACGUGGCGGUCUAGUGGAUGAGAAAGCUCUGGCUCAGGCCCUGAAAGAAGGAAGAAUUCGAGGAGCUGCUCUCGAUGUGCAUGAGUCAGAACCAUUCAGUUUUAAUCAGGGUCCACUGAAAGAUGCACCCAAUUUGAUCUGCACUCCUCACACAGCUUGGUACAGCGAGCAGUCUUCGCUGGAGAUGCGAGAAGCGGCCGCAACUGAGAUAAGAAGAGCUAUUACAGGUCGUAUUCCAGACAGCCUUAGAAACUGUGUAAACAAAGAGUACUUCAUUCCCAGUGCACCAUGGGGAGCAGUGGAGCAACAGGUGCACCCUGAGCUCAACGGAGGUGCAUACAGAGUUGCCCCAGCGCUACCAGCGAUAUCUCCUGGCAGCCUGCAAGACAAAAUGUAUACCUAAACUUAACCAGGCUCGCCAGAGUCCGGUGAGGAUGACUCCUGGAGGACCAGUGGAGGGAAGAAACCCAGGUGGGUUGUCCAGUGCAAAAGCCCUCUCCUUGCCUCUAGGCUCCCAGCCCCACCGUACACUCUCCACGAACCAAUCCCACACACGAUGUGAGCACAGAGAACCCACCACCAGACCGUAGCCAUACUGUGGGAUGCGUUCAUAUAGCUCCUGCUUCUGACCAAAUGACAGCACAGUUCCCUGGUUUAACCACAAACCAAGGAGCAAAAGAAGUGAACUAGACAGCAGUUACAGCUACAGCAGCUACAAUGGGAACAUGCACCAUGGAGAGGUUUUUUUACUGUUCAUCUUAGUUAUGUGUUUUGUUUCAGGCCUUUGUUCUUCCACAAGUUGUUUUUUAUGUUUUUGGUCUCUUUGGAACAUAAAUUUCUGGUCAAAUACAGGUGGUCAGAGUCUAUAGUCUUUUUUUCUGGUCAUCUCUGGUUUGGCAUCACAUGUCAGUUCUUGUUUUUUACCACUUGUUUUAUGUAUACCUAUAGAUGCGUUUAGUUUGUCAGCCUUUUUGUUUGUUUUCUUGUUUUUUUUUUUUAUGUUGUCUCUUUCUUGAAACCAAAUUAGUACCUGUCUCAUUUCUUUCCUUGUUAAAAUGAGUACUUAUAUUGUUAUACAAUGUGUUUAUCAUAAAAAAUGAAGAUUGGAAGGGUGGUCUAAAGGAAACGAUAACCUUAACAUGAACUUUAGCUCUUAUUUUUACUUGACCUAUUGACCCAUCUGUACCUUGAGUACUUAAGCACACAAGUUCAACACCCACCAGCUCUUUAAGCUGUCAAAAUGUACUCAUGUAGGCGUUUAGACAGUUUCAACAUGUCAGAUUUUGCCCCAUGCUGAGUUUAAUUAAGUGCAAACAUUUUUGUGUGUGUUUGAUUUCUUAAAGAUCAUCAGUGGCAGCUCACAAAAAUGUCUAGUGCCAUCUGUCUCAGGAAUCAAAUAACAAUUCAGUAAAUAAAUUUGAUGCUGACAUGAAAAAUUAAAUAAAAUUACCAUUGGGUUAUUUUCACUUCCGUUUCUCUAACCUGUUCUUCUGAUAUUUUUAUAGAUCGAACAUUAAAAAUAUUUUGAUGUCGCUGUUAGAGUUGUAUUGGAUAGUUCAUGAAGCAUAGUCUUUAGGUUACAUUUUGGGAGUGUGGUGACACACUUCCUAAAUUUAUUUUGUUGUUCUUAUGCCCUCUUGCCAGAACGUGUACUGAACAGUAAGUGUUUGUUUCUUGUUACGAACAUCCACAACAAUUUAAAUAAAAUACAAAAUGCCAUUCCGACCUUUA